UCGACUGGCUCGGAGCGAGGUUAUCUCGGUAUCUUUUCAGUAUCUGUCAAACGAAACGUAACGCAACGUGACUGGCGAGUAAACUGAAUAUUCAACUCGCGAUUCCGUGCUAUCGCCUAAAUCAAAAUGGGAAUCUUCUUCGCAAAGAAGAAGCAACCGAGUCGUGUUACUGAACAGGACAAAGCGAUCCUGCAAGUAAAACAAGCGAGAGAUAAAAUUAAACAGUACCAGAGAAAAAUUGAACAAUGUUUAGAGAAAGAACGAUCACUGGCAAAAGAACUGUUGAAAAAUGGAAAGAAAGAUCGUGCAUUGCUUUUGUUGCGCAAAAAGAAGUAUCAGGAACAAGUUUUAUCACGUGCAGACGGUCAGUUAGAGAAUCUUGAGCGUAUGGUCCAUGAUUUAGAAUUUGCUCAAAUUGAAAUGAAAGUUGUCGAUGGCCUAAGAAUCGGUAAUACUACAUUAAAACAGCUACACGAUUUGCUAUCUAUUGAUGAAAUUGAAAAAAUUAUGGAUGAAACAAGAGAAGGUAUUGAAAAGCAGAGAGAAAUAGAUGAAAUAUUGUCAUCGACACUUGCUGCAGAAGAUAAUAUCGAUGAAAGUGAAAUCGAAACAGAAUUGGAUGCAUUGUUGGAAACCGAGAUCAAUGAGAAGGCUCCUGAAAUACCACAGAAUGUUAUACUACCAGAUGUGCCAACAGAUUUGCCAGAAAAGAAUAAAGAUCGUACAAAAGAAAAAAUUCAGGAACCCAUUGCGAUAACAGCAUGAAGAUUUGAGGAAUUUUGACAGGUUUUUACUGAAAAUUUAAGACUAUGUAUAUAUGUACAAUAAAUAAAAUGUAUAAUAAUUUAUAAUUUA